UCCGGGGAGACCGGAUAUAGUGAAUGCAGGGUCCGGGGAGACCGGAUAUAGUGAAUGCAGGGUCCUGGAGACCAGAUAUAGUGACUGCAGGAACCUGCAUUCACUAUAUCUGCUCUCCCCAGACCCUGCAUUCUCUAUAUCCGGUCUCCCCGGACCCUGCAUUCUCUAUAUCUGGUCUCCCCAGACCCUGCAUUCACUAUAUCCGCUCUCCCUGGACCCUGCAUUCACUAUAUCCGGUCUCCCCGGACCCUGCAUUCUCUAUAUCUGGUCUCCCUGGACCCUGCAUUCACUAUAUCCGCUCUCCCAGGACCCUGCAUUCACUAUAUCCGGUCUCCCCGGACCCUGCAUUCACUAUAUCUGGUCUCCCCGGACCCUGCAUUCACUAUAUAUGGUCUCCCAGGACCCUGCAUUCACUAUAUCCGGUCUCCCCAGACCCUGCAUUCACUAUAUCUGGUCUCCCCGGAACCCUGCAUUCACUAUAUCCGGUCUCCCCGGACCCUGCAUUCAUUAUAUCCGGUCUCCCCGGACCCUGCAUUCACUAUAUCCGGUCUCCCCGGACCCUGCAUUCACUAUAUCUGGUCUCUCCAGACCCUGCA